GGAAAACUCCAGAAGUUACCCGAAUACCGGAAAAUGUAAGCAGAAGAAAAUAGUUGAUUAAAAAUGUCAAGUGAAACAGUUGACAAAUACUCCUUGCUGAAAGAUAAAAUAAAGCGUGACCCACUUUCUGCAGACUUGCAAUGGAGCUUAUUUGUUGGUGCUCUUCAAAGCUACAGAUUUGACACAGUUCUUCGACCCUUUCCACCAUCAUUUUGUUUAGAUAAUGGUGAAAAGGAUAUCAAACGAUUGGAGCAAUGUGCAGAUAAAGUUACCAGUUUACAAGAUUUAUUGAAAAAAUCUGAUAUUCCUGAAGAUAUCAUAGACCUUGUAACAUGGGUAUUAGAUAAGCAGUUUCAGAUAUGUUCUAUGCAGGAUAUUGGAUUUGAGGAUCUGAAGAAAUUGACAAAGGACACAGGUACUUGUACUAAGCCAGACUACAUAUUUGAAGUUUUACCCAGUGAAUCAGCAAAAGCUGCCUUUGAAGCAAAAAGAGAUGGCAGAGCACUGAUGUAUGCAUAUCAUGGCAGUAGAUUUGAAAAUUUCCAUUCUAUUCUUCACAAUGGGUUGAUUUCCCAUAUGAAUAAGAUUUCUGUAUUUGGUGAAGGAACAUAUCUAUCCAGUGAAUUGUCUGUGUCUUUGCAUUACAGUCCUAUGGGUUUAGGUUGGGAUCACAGUACCCUAGGGAAAAAAAUCAGCUGUGUGGCCUUGUGUGAGAUGAUUGAUGAUUCAGCCGUUAAAUGUCAAACAAAAACAGAUGAUAAUCAGAACAGAUCAAGGGCUACAGGAAGCAUGGCUGGAGAAGUUCCAGACAAAUAUUAUGUUGUACAAAACAAUGAAGUGAUCCGCAUCAAAUAUUUACUGGUUUAUGCACAGAAAUCUUCCCCCUCCAGGUCAUUGACAAGUUGCUGGGUGUCAUGGUUACAUCAACAUAAGUUUGCUGUUAUGAUGUUCCUUUAUAUAUUAAUAUUAGGACUAAUAGGAUUAGCCAAUUCUCGAACAUUUAAAUAUUAUUUUAGGAAGUAUUUUAAAGCAAGAUAAUAAAGUACAUGAUUGGAAAAACAAAACUAUUUGUUUUAUGAAAAAAUCACUGACAAAACUGUAAGUGCCUUACCGACACCUAAUUACUAUCUAGUCUCGUGACAUACAUAGUGCAGGAAUCAUGCUGUUGUUUACCAGUUUUGCAUUAUUUUACCUGGUGACAAAAUACUGUUUUUAGGGUUUUUAUUGUUUUGUUUUGUUUUUUUUUUGGGUGUUUUAAUUUUUUUAGGGGGAGGGGAACAUUUUCCCAAGUUGUUCCCCAGAAUAUUAAAAUAAGAUUGGCCAUUCCCUUAGCUAUAGACUGAUUUGUUCUUGACCAAGGGUUAACAUUUAGUUUUUCAACUUCUUCUAAACCUAUGUAAUCCUUGGUUAAAUUUUCAAUGAAUGUUCUUUUUUCCCAAAUAUAUGAUUAUCAACACUUUCCCUAACUCUAGAAAAAUGUUUUGGUGGAUGAAUAUGAUUACUUUUAUUCAGGAAUCAGUUAUUAAGCUUUAUAAUCAUAAUUCAGCACAACUACAUUUGUCAGAGGAAAGAGAAUCUUUUCACUUUGAAUUGGAGCAUUGAUUGUUGACCUGUACUAGAUCAAAGUUAAUAUACUAGCUUACUAAACAUGCUCAAUUUGGCUGCAGAAGUUUUAUAUGGACAUAGAAGGUAAUAGUUAAUAGAUCUUGAUCUGAUAAUCCUGACAAUGUUUUGGUAUGAACCUAAACCUUGAAGUGAAAAGGACUGUAAAACAUAAUUAGUUCUUUGUUUUUCAUACCUGCUAACUUUUCAAAAUCUCCAUGGGGGUUUUUAAGCUUUUUAAAAGAGGACCUAAUACAUACCUAUACAUGUCAUUAGUGUACUAGGUAGAACAUUGAUUGAGUAAAUGUGUGUUUAAAUGUAUUUUGUACUCCUCUGAAUGUCUUUUUUAAAGCGUUUUGUCUAAAUAAUUGAGCUUUAUAAGGGACAGGUCAACAUCUAUCAUGGGGGAUGUCCCCCUUUAAGCUGGAAAGUUGGCAGGUCUGGUUUCUGAUGUUCACAGAAAACGAAGGGUAGGUCAUUUAAAACUUGAAAUGCCCUUAUCAUUUGGCACCCUUAAUGAUUAGUGAAGUAUAGUAGGACUAUUUGGUCAUAAACCUCCUUAGGUAUCCAGGAAUUUAUACAUCCUCUGCCUUUAAUUUUUUGGAGUUUGAGAAUUCCUGACGAAAAUCUGAACAAUGCUUCGGAUUCACAAAAUUUAUAAACGGUUAACAUAGGCGGAUCCCUGAGGGGCCCGGGUCCCCCCUUUUGUGGGAAAAAUUUGGUUGAUUAUAUAGGGAAUCACUGAAGCAUGACUGGAGCGGCCCCCCUUAUGAAAAGUUCUGGAUCCGCCACUGGAUUCAAUCAUUUAAACAUCAGUAUUCCUUGGUUAAAAUUUAAAUCAAAUGUGGAGCUUGGUUAAAUAUGAAUCAUUUAACCAAGGUUUUAUCAAGAGUUGAAUUUAACCACACCAUGGUAUAUGAAAGGGUUACACUUUUAACCCAUGGCAAGAAUUUUUAACACUAGGUUUAAAUUUAAUCUAAAGAUGAACGACUGGUACCUAUGAAAUAUCAUUGAUAUGAUAUAUAUUAAAUAUGAACUUUUACAAAACUGAAUUGUUUGAAAAACUAAGGAUUUUCUAAAUUGCUUAAGCUGUAUUUGGCAAAAUAUUUUGGAACUUGGGGUCCUCAAUGUACUUCAACUUCAUACUUUAUUUUGCCUUUUAACGUUUUAGAGUGUCACUGAUGAGUUUUGUAAACAAAUCGUGCGUCUGGCAUACAAAAUUAUAAGCCGGAAUAUCUUUGAUGUGUUUUCUUUUUCAUUUGAAUCAAGAUUAUAUUUACAUAUCCAGAAUAUGGUUAGAACAAAUUGUCCUGAUAUUUAAAAGUCAAUUAAUUAUUAAUUUUUAUUUAUGAAGGGUUGUUUUAUUAUUAUUGCCAAGCUGUGAUAUUAGCAAGACUCAAAUGUAUAACAUGCUGUGCAUGUUUUUGUUUUAAUGUUGUAAUAUUAGUAAUGUAUACCUACAUAAUAUACACCCACAUAAUUCAAGGUAAUAAAUUGUUUUCGUUGUUACCUUUAGAUCUGAUUUUUUUUGUAAAAAGAGGAUUUUACUUGGAAAGAAGACUUUCAAGUCUUCUGAAAUCCUUAUACUGCUGGCUAGUCUUUUAAUUGCAGAAAACUAUUUCAGUAGUGUUAACGUUUCCCUUUCUGUGCUUUAUAACUAUAUAACUUCAAAGCAUUAUAUGGACACUGAUAUGUUCAUAUGAUCUGUUGCAUAUUUGUAAAAUAUCUUGUGCAUCAUGUUAUGAUACAACAGUUAGGGAAAUGAAUUUACAGAUAAUCUUGAGACAAUAAUUGAGUGCUUGCCUUAAGUUUUUUAGGUUCUUGUGUUUUAAACUUUUAGUGUCUCCCUUAUUUUUCAGUUAAAUUUUCAUAUUUUAAUCUGACAUAGUUAAUUCAAAAUUUUUACUUAAACAGAUGUUUUGAAAUUAGCUUUGGUAGAAUGCAUAUAUUUAUGACAUAUUCUAGCAUAUAGAGGCAAUUCAGCCCAGUCAAACAAAUGUGUAUAAAGAGCAAAUAGUGUGAAUUCAGAAUUUUGAAUGAGAUUUGGAUUUUCAAAUAUUUUGGCCACAAGCAUCACUGAAGAGACAUUAAUUGUCAAAAUUUUCAUCUGGUGCAGAAAAUUUGGUAUCAUUAGUGUUAUCGAUAGAUACAUUUAUUAUUGAAAAUCUGCCACCUAUAAUACUGGGAGAUUAAUUAAAUCAAUUCCUGUACAUGUGAUGAUCGAGUUAUAGUAGCCAACAUUUAAAUGUAAGUUUUAACUACAUUAGUUUCUGAAUUCACAUUUUAAAAUAAUUAAUAUUACUUGUAGUGCAAUGAAGUGCAAUUGUCAGAACACAAAAUUAAUAAAAUGGAGAAGUUAUACAUUUGUAUACUGAAAAAUGUACACUGUUUUCUU